AUGCGCCUUCCAGUCUUUUCUCCUAAAUUCACUGCCAUUGCGGCUUUGGUGGGUUUGAUCAACUUCAACUCCGUUCAUGCGAGGACAGCUACAAGCGAGGGAGAUGAGGCUCAAAUAACAGAUCCUGUCGAAGAGUGCACAGCGUACUACUAUGCUCCGGUCACCGACGCCCUAUACGGAUUCCCCACCAUAUGGCAACCUGCCUCAAUUCUCUCAAAUGACACUGAGGCUUUAAACACUUGGGCUAACAUUUCACAAUCAGUUCCAACAAACAUAUACCCUCAUGGCGAUAUUUACGGAGACUGGAAUGAUACAUCCUACAACGUCGCCUCAGAUCCCGACUGCUGGUGGACAAAAAGUCUAUGCACUACUCCUAAACUCUCCAGUCUACCUUCAGACAUAGCCAGCAUUCCCGAGCCUGAGACUAUGGGCUACGGUUUCGAUGAUGGCCCAAAUUGUUCUCACAACGCGUUCUACGACUACCUUUCAGAACAGAACCAAAAAGCUACCAUGUUCUUCAUUGGAAGCAACGUUCUCGACUGGCCUUACGAAGCUAUGCGAGCUAUCGAUGAAGGUCACGAAAUCUGUGCACACACCUGGUCACAUCAUUACAUGACCGGAUUCUCUAGCGAAGAUGCUUUUGCUGAACUUUACUACAAAUUCUGUACACAGAUAAAGGCAAUUAAACUUGUCCUCGGUGUCACUCCAACUUGCUGGAGGCCUCCCUUUGGAGAUGUUGACGACCGCAUUCGUGCAAUUGCCGAAGGUCUUGGGUUACAGACAAUCAUCUGGCAGUAUGAUUCGUUUGAUUGGGAAGAACAGUCGGGAAAUAUUACCGCAGCGCAGGUCUACGCGAACUACGACAACUUCAUUGCAAAGGCCGGGAAUGGCACUUUCGAUAGCGAAGGAUCUAUCAUGCUGACCCACGAACUGAACAAUUUCACUAUGCAAACUGCUGUCACAUACUAUCCCAAGUUAAAGGAUGCCUUCAAAUAUCUUGUGCCUGUUGGUGUUGCGCUGAAUAAGACCCAGCCAUACGUGGAGACCAAUUAUUCGCUCCCGACUUUCAGUGAAUAUGUCGCGGGAACCACUACCACCAACUCAUCUGGAUCAUCGAAUUCUACUACAAGUUCAGGCUCAAGUACUAGCCAAUCAUCCAGUGCUACUGCGGCGCUGAGUCACACCAUGGACUCUACACUUUUUGCUAUGAUUUUCCUCGGAAUUUUUGUGCUUGCAGUAUAG